AUGCGAGAGCAGAGAGCGAUCCGGAUGAAUGACGGCGGCGAUGAUGGCGCUGUCGAUUUUUCACCGGACGCCACGAUCAAAGAACCUUCGCUGAUCAUCCGACCGACACAGCCGAAACAGGUUAAACCGAUUGGCUCGUCUUUGAUAUUGAACUGCCAGCCCGACGUCGAACAACCAGAACUCAUAAAGUAUCUCAAAUGGCUGGAUCCGCAGAACAGGACGAUCGAUCAGACCUCGACCGCCGGAGCGCACGUGACCACCACGUUUACUUCCAGCAACAAUUUGGGGCUGGUGAUAACUGGACUCACCGAAGCUGAUGUGGGCACGUACACGUGCACCGCCACUUAUUCCAAUUCUGAAUAUCUGGUCCGCAGUGUGAUCGUCGACAGUUUCUACGACAUCACGUGGGUGGACGCUCCUACCGAACAAUAUCCGAUAGCCGGGACUAGUUACAAAGUACGCUGUAAAGUCAAGGCCAAUCCCGCGCCACUGGUCGACUGGUACAAGGAAGACACCAGGAUUCAGGACGGCAACGGAUUCGUCAAGGACAUCGACGGUCUGCUGAUCCAAAACGUCACCGCCGAAGAUGAUGGUCUGUACAAGUGCCGUGCCAUCGUUUUGGACACGGGUAACAUCCAGGACCGGGACAUCAGAGUCGAGGUUCACAUCCCGCCGACGUUUGCACCCGAUCAAGUUUCCAAGCUGGAAGUCGUCGAGGGCGAGAUGGCCAGCGUGCGGUGCGCGGCCAACGGUAAACCGGAACCCAAGGUGACUUGGAUACACAUGCCGGACCAGCGGGACUUGAGCGAGGGGACCGAGAGGUAUUCCGUGAACAAGCUGACGGGCGUGUUGAGCCUGAACCGCAUCAGCCGCACCGACAACGGUCAGUUCAAGUGCGUGGCCAGCAACGCGGCCGGUCAGAUCGAGCGGUUGGUCAACGUGGUCGUGCUCAUCAAACCCGAGGUGCUGGACGUGACCAAUGUUUCGGUACCCAUCAACACCGAGGCCAGAGUCAAAUGCUCUGCAAACGGCAACCCUCUGCCGUCGAUCACGUUCAGGAGAGUGGGCACGAACGUCGUCAUAAAAUCGGGAAUCGAAGAUUAUCGCAUUAGCGUGGAGCACGACACCGUGGGGGACUUGGCAAUGGCCACUCUUGUGAUUAAACACCUGAACCGAUCCGACGACGGACUGUACACGUGCAUCGCGUCGAACAAGGGCGGCGAAGGGAUGAAAAACGGUCAUCUGACCGUCGAGUUCCCGCCAGUGUACGCCAGCAACAUGGUUAAGGAGGUGUGGACGUGGAACCGGAUGCCUGUGAACCUGUCGUGCGUGUCCGAAUCGCUGCCGAACGCCUCCAUCACGUGGCUUUUGAACAACCGUAUAGUGGAGGACGACAUCAACGUGCAAAAGUUCGGAAAGGGCCCUUACAGCAACCUGCUGGUGACACCUGUCGAUCAGCGCUACUACGGCGUGUACUCGUGCCUGACCAAAAACAUUCACGGCGAGAACAACGCUCAAAUCACUCUCCGGGAGGCUCACCGACCGUCCAAAGUGUCACAGGCCAAGUUCGACGUGGUCACCGCUACGACGAUUUCGUUUGGUUUCGUGGGUCCGACAGACACGGGUGGCAUCAAAGUCAAAGCCUAUGCCGUCCAGUACAAGGAGGUAAAGCAGUCGUGGGAUGAAGGUCGCAACAAAUCAUGGCCAGUGGACACGCCUUACAUACUGGAAAACCUGGAAGCUCACAGGACCUAUACGUUCAGGUUCGCCGCCAUCAACGACGUGGGUACCAGCGACUGGAGUCCCUCGGAACAGCGCACCAUGCCCAAAAGAAGCGCUCCUGAGGAACCAAAAAUAUUGGUCAACAAGGACGUGUACACCGAUGAUUACAUCAACUCGCCGUACGGCAACAGCUACGAAGUGAACUGGAAGAUACCGGCCGACAACGGGGAGCCCAUAAACCUUUACAACGUUCGUUAUUGCGUGGCCGACAAGGUAAACACGAUGUGGGUAACCAGAACGGAAUCGUGCCGGAGCGAGGACCUCAAGUCUCCGGACAAGACUGCGUUUUUGAUGGACAAUCUAAACGCUGACACGUUUUACAGAGUGGAAGUCAGAGCCCACAACGAAAUUGGAUUUAGCGUACAGUCAGAACUCGUCUUCAAGACUGCGACCGGCGUGGACAUACCUCCGAUGCAGCCGCCGUACACUAACCGACUCAGCUCGGUGGUCAUAAUCAGUAUCGUCUUGGCCGUCCUGUUCACCGUGCUGGUGGUCAUCGACGUGUCGUGUUACUUCGCCAACAACACUGGUAUCUUGUACAUUCUGUUCGGGAUGUGUUGUCGGAAGAAGAAGAGAGACGAGGACGCAAAGCUCGGAAGUUUGUAUGGUUGGCGUUUUCCGUUGCCGUAUUGCAACAACAGCACGGGCGAAUCGUCCAGUAACGGAAACGGUUCUUCUUACACUUCCGACGUAGAGAAAGUCCCCUUGCCAGAUAUGAACUUUGUGUUCGAGGGCAAAGAACUGUUGACCAACGGCAACACUUACCAGAGCAACAAUCUGCGCAUCGAACCCACCGAAAUGCUGAAAAAGGACACUGAAGUGGAGUACGACGUCAAAAGGUCCGUGUCGCAGACCCGUUUCGUCGGCAAGGAUUCGGCCGUCUAA